AUAGCUCUUCUGGACAAGAUGAACACCACCAUCGAUGACUCUUCCAUGUUAAGUUUAGAGGGCUUCAUUGUGUCUCCUGAAGCUGCUCAUCCUCUUUUUCUGUUAACAUUGGCAGCAUAUCUGGUUAUUUUUAUUGGAAAUGUUACAGUAUUUUCUGUUAUUGUUUUUCAAAAGAAUCUACACGAGCCAAUGUAUCUCCUGCUAUGUAAUAUGUCUGUUUGUGAUUUGAUUGGAAGCACAGCGAUAAUGCCUAGAUUAAUGGCAGACUUCCUCACAGAGGUUAGAUAUAUCUCGCAUGCAGCUUGUGUCGUUCAGGCUUUCUGCAUUCAUUUCUACGGUUCAGCAGCUCAACUGAUAUUGACUGUAAUGGCUUAUGACAGAUACAUUGCAAUUUGUGACCCAUUAAGAUACAACAGCAUAAUGACAAAUAGUACUUUGGUGAAGCUCUGCUCCCUUGCCUGGGGAGGGGCAUUCGUUUUAAUAAUAAUCCUCUUUGCUCUGACUCUUAGACUUCCGAGAUGCAGAUCACGGAUAGUGGAGGCUAGUUGUAGCAAUGCAGCUUUAUUUCUUUUAUCUUGUGCUGACACGACUGUAAAUAACAUGUAUGGCUUAUUUAUUACAGUUUUUCUAAGCGGUUUGUCUUUUUUGGUGAUUGUCUGGACGUAUAGUAAAAUACUAAUUACAUGUUUAUAUAAAAGGCAAAGCAGUAGUAAAAGCAAAGCCAUUCAUACAUGUGCUACUCACUUAACUGUCUAUAUUAUUUUUGAAUUAACUAUUUUAUUUACCAUCAUUAUGCAGCGAUUUCAAAAUGUCAGCCCAAAUGCACGGAAAAUGUUUAUGGUGUUAAUUGCGACCUUUCCACCAUUUGUUAAUCCUAUCAUUUAUGGAAUUCAUACAAAGGAAAUUCGGAGUAAUGUUUUAAAAUGUUUUAAAAAUACAAUACUAUCAAAUCAAUGA